AUGGGGAGAAGUAGGAGAGAUUCGUUGGUCCGGGACAUUGCGUCCCAUCCGGCGACGGCAGAAACUCAGAGCAUUGUGGGCUUAUUGGACGAUUCUUACCUAUUCGACAAGUUAAAAACACUGUCACUGGCGGUAGAGAAUUCAGAGGACUUGCAAACGGUCAGUGACUCAGACAGCCGGAUAGACGAUAAUGAGUCCGAACCUGUGUCUUCUGUAAACGGAAGCAAGACAGACAAGUACUCGUAUUACAACGCCUACUUGGAUCAAUUGAACACGAAGAUUGAUGAGUACAAGGUCGUUCUUGACCAGACACGCCAGGUCAAUGACCAAUUGAACGGGUCCAUCGAGAGAUUCCAUAAAAUUGCUCAGGAUACCGGCGUGUUUAUCGAUGAAACGAAGACAAUCCACGAAAAGCAGUCGAAACUGAGCCAUUUAAGCGAGUCCAUCCCCAGGACUUUGCACUAUUUUGAAGCUUUGGACCCCAUAAUGCGGCGUUUAAACCAUGCGACUUCCCCCGCUAUCGUCAAGAAAGGCUCUUUCACUUCGAUGUUGGCCACGAUAGAUGAAUCUUUGCAUUUUUUGGACGAGAAUAGUCAAUUCAAAGACGCUGCGGCCUACAGAAUUAAGUUUAAGCAAUGUUUGAUUAGGGCCUGUGAAUUGGUUUCCCAUUUUUUGCAAAACUUGUUAAAACAGACAAAUCAAGAAAUUUUAGAUAAAACAAAAAAUAAAAACUCAUUGUCUGGACUACCGUCGAGUACAAGAGAUGCGUUCUUGUAUAGUAAGUUCUCCACAAUAGCUGAAACUUUCAAAAGCCAGGCGAGUGAAAUUGUCAAGAGAGUCAAUGACAAGGCGUAUUAUAGGUAUCACGACGAAUUGAAUUCUAUUCUCUAUGAAUGCUUCAAUCACUAUUUCCAGACUCGUUUGAAACUAUUAACGCCUGUCAUUUGGACACAUAUUGACGAUAUUAUCGUUAAGGAUAAAGAUCUCGACUUAGUCAAGUUUAUUCAGGACGGUAAAGCUUACUUCCAACAGCUAUGCACGGAUGAAUAUAAGCUUUUCGUCGAGUUCUUCCCUGAAAAAGAAUGUCGUUUUAAGAUCAACCAAUGGUUCUUACAGUUAUGCGAGCCACUUUAUGAUUCCAUAAGAAUCAGAGUCUUGAAAGAGACAGAUAUUUCGACCUUGUGUGACUCUGUGACUUUGUUUGCCCCAUACUAUGAGUUUGAAGAAGGUUCUGAAGAGUAUUUGAGGCAAUUUACCGAUAUUCAAUACGAUAAAUUGUUUGAACCAAUUGUUCACAAGGUUCAAGCUAGAUUGAUUUUGAGGGUUCAGAUUUACGUUCAACAGAAUAUUCUCAGCUAUAAGCCUUCAAGGGACGUUUUUAUGAUUUCAAAUAGAAGGAAAAAUCCAAAGGCCAACUCAAAUGAUGGCGACAAGAGGACAACCAAUGCCAAAAACGGUUCAGAUCCUUUGUUAGAUUCUUAUUUGUCUUCUCUCAAAACUAGAAAUAUUCUAUCCAUUUCCGACGAUGAUGCAGAUGAGAAGUACAUUAAUUCGGAAGAAACAACCGAUAGAAUUACACAAUUGCAAACUUACUAUCCACCCCUGUUAAAGACCCUGGCUCUGUUGUCUAAAAUUUAUGAAAUGAUCAACUCCGUGGUGUUUGAUGAUAUGGCCCAUCAUAUAGUUCACGAUUGUAUCAUAUCUUUGAGAAAAGCUUACGAUAUGGUAAUUAGAUCAUCGGCAGGGAAAUCAGAUAUCAACAAUCUCGAUGUUUCAUUGGCGUACUUGAAAAACCUAUUGAUGUUGCGUGACUCCAUACAAAAUUUUAAUAUUCAAUAUACCGUUAAUGAAACUUACCUGGAUUUUUCUGGUGUGGAAGGAUUUUUCAAAUCGCUCAAAGAAAAUGGUAGAAAUGUGUUGAAGAAAACAAACUCAUCCACGAUUUUGACUUUAGCAAGGGAAUUGGUCCCCAAAGUUGUAAACAAUAUGGUGGAUGCACGUACAGAACUAAUCUCCGAGUUGAGAAAUGUCAUAAAGGACUUUACUGAAAAAACCUCUUUAGAACUUAUUGAUGAUACUUUGGAUAUCAGCAACGGCGAAGAUUUAUCAUCAAGAAAUUUAAAAUUAAGGGAAAAUAUAAAAGCCAGGUUGCCCAGAAUAUACGAACAAAUAUUGAAUUACAUCGACGAUCAAGAUAUUGUUGUCAACCUAUUAGAUGCUGUGCAAGAGUUAAUCACGCAGUCCUAUUCUAAAUAUUAUGAAAAUAUAAGUGAAAUGGCGGAAAACGGGGAAUUAGGUAAGGAUCAAAUUGCCGAUGUUAUGUAUUUAGAUGUCUUUGCGGAUUUUUUUGCCAAAGAAGUGGCAGAAAUUCUAAAAAAUGAUGGCAUGAACACCCAAACAAGGUAA